AUAGUCUAGCGAUCGAGCGAGCAAAACAAAACAAGAUUUGACAAGCAAGAGGAGAGCUUAAGUUUGACGUCACUUAACUGCUUAAGAGAAUCAGUAAUGGGGGACGCAAACAUGGCACCCAUGAUGGAGCUGGCGAGGUUGAACUUACGGCGUCACCGCCAGUCCCUCAUCGAUGAUCUCGAUGUGGAGUUUAUUUCUGAUCAUCUCAUAGCCGAAAUGGUCCUAGAGAUCGAUGAUGUGGAGCUUAUCAUGUCAAAGGCAACAAGGAGAAGAAAAGCAGUGACCUUCCUGAACAUGAUCACAACCAAAGGACAGCAUGCCUAUAACUGUACGUAUGCUGUGCUGAAGAAGAUGCAGCCCCAUCUAGCCUUGUUCCUGGAGGAUGCGGUUACCGGGCAACAGGGUCAUCUCGUCAAAGGAGAAUCUUUAGAUGGGUUAUCAAAGGCACAAGCUGACAUAGCACUGAGGAAGGGUGGGGUGCCAAUACCCCCGUCUGUCUUCACGCCCCGCCCCAACCACAUUGUCAAGAUCAAGGAAGCUUUGAUGAAAUUAAAGUCUGAGCCGGGUUGGUGCGUCGUGCACGGGAUGGGAGGCAUCGGUAAAUCAGUACUAGCUGCUGCUGCGGUUAGAGAUACAGAAAUACUCUCAGAUGUCUUUCCCGGUGGCCUGUUUUGGCUGUCCGUUGGUAAUGUUGAUAAAGUCAAACUACUAUCCAAGGUCCAAAAUCUCUGUGCAAGACUCGAUGAAGGCGUUGAUCGGUCUCCUCCCCACAACCUCGAAGAAGGCAAGGAUAGACUGAGGGCACUCUUCAUCGACAAACAUCCGAGAUCACUAUUAAUUCUUGAUGAUGUAUGGUCAACGAGGGUCCUCCACACUUUUGACGUCCAGGCAAGGGUUAUGGUGACGACUAGAGAUCGUGGAGUGACAGACAGGGUUACAGGUCCAGUUCAUCGGGUGCAGCUAGAAGAAGGUUUCUCAGAGGAACAAGCUCUAUCAACCUUGGCAGCCUGGACACACCAGCAAGUCGAUACCCUACCCCCUGAAGCAAAGGAAAUCUAUGAAGCCUCUAAAGGCUCUCCUUUAGUCAUAUCUAUCAUUGGUGCCCUGCUCGCUGAUCAUCCUACCAGAUGGAAGUAUUACCUUGACAAGUUAACAAGAAAACGUUAUGGGAGCCUGAAGAAGGUGACAGCCUACGAGUAUGGUAGCGUUGGUGAAGCGAUGGGGAUGAGUCUGGAACAGUUGCCUGAAGAGCUGAGAGACGUCUAUAAAUCAUUUGCAAUAUUUGCUGAAGAUGUGCCAAUCCCAGCAUCAGUGCUAGGAGUGAUGCAUGGGGAGGAGCAGGAAUCGAUAGAGGAUAUGAUGGAGGAGAUCAUUAAUAAAUCACUCGCAUUCCAGGAAUGGAACAUGACGUAUAAGUGCCAAAUGUACACCAUCCAUGAUCUACAACUUGAUUUUUUAACUGAAGAGUAUAAAAAAGAUAUACAGGAUAUGAACAAGAAGCUGGUCAAUGCCUUCAAGAACCAUUGUAAGAGCAAGUAUUACACCCUUCCAGAUGAUGGCUACAUACACAUGUACCUUGCAGGACAUAUGGCUCAGGCUGAGGAAUUUGCUGAGCUCCAAACCAUACUCACAUGCCUGCGAUGGAUUACCAACAAAGUGUCAUUGACGGGACCAGCAAAUACCUUGAGUGACUAUGUUAGCUAUAAGAAACUUUUAUCCCCUCAGGCCCAAGAAAUUGUUAGUCAGUUCCAGUACUUUGUGAGUGUGAACGCGCAUCUCUUCAUGCAAUCACCCCUACCUGACGUCUGCCAGCUGGCACUACUACAACCCAACAACACCGAGGUCUGUCAACAAUCAAGACAACUAGUCAAAACAAGACAGGAUGAUUUCUAUGUUGAAUGGUGCAAUAAAUACCUAGUACGUGAUUCCCUAUUAAUGACGAAUACACCGCAUACUGGGGGGACGGCGUGUGCUCAGUUCAAUUCCGCCGGCAAUCGUAUCCUGUCUUGUGGGGAGGACGGCUAUGUGAAGUUAUGGAGUAGUGAAUCUGGCAAAUCGGCUUUUAGUGUCGAAGCUCAUAAUAACUGGGUCAACUGGUGCGAGCUGUCACCCGAUGGGAGCACCAUGGUCACAUGUUCCAAUUCGAACGUCAAACUGUGGAGGAUCGCAAACGGAGGGCAUGCAUCCAGUCCGACGAUGAUUCGUAAGAUUCCCGGCGACUGGCUGACGGCGAUAUUCUCUCACGACGGGACAAAGAUUGCCAUGUGCUCAAUAGAUGGACUUAUCGAGAUACUUGACCUCAAGGAAGAUCGUAGAAGAAUGAUCCGUGCGAGUGACUCAGUGAUUAGAUCACUAUGUUAUACCCUUGAUGACAGAUAUAUUAUUUCAUGCUCAGAUGAUACUAUUGCCAAGGUCUUUGAUGCUUCCUCCCCUAAGUCCAACCCUGUCAUGUCCUACUCUGGUCAUACGACAUCCAUCAUCAGCGCUAGCCCUUCACCGGAUGGUCAGUACGUGGCGACCACGGGCGGCAGCGAUAUUCACGUCUGGACGCUUGUUGACGGUGGAUUGGUAGGGAAGUGUAUGAGUGAAGCCAAUAGUGUUCUCUGCUGCGAGUUCUGUCCAAAGGGGGAUAUCAUCGCAGGGGGUCUCUCGUCGUAUGAGAUUGUGUUAUGGGAGACUAGACGAUACAAGCCGGUAGCCGUCUACAAAGGUCACACAUCCUGGGUCAUGAGCGUCAAGUUUGAUGUCAAAGGUGAAAGGUUGGUGUCGGCAUCGGAUGAUGAAACUGUGCGGACAUGGAAGGUAGAGUAUGGCCACGGUAAGGACAUGAAUAGCGUUUGGAAGAGAGAUUUUACGGCUUGCUUCUGCGAGGGCGAAAAGAGACUCAAGUUCGUGGUUGCAGGGGACAACAAGAAUCGCUGCCUGGUAACUGAUGGAAGAAACGCUGAUCAGACUCGCAUAAUAAGUGAGGAAUCUCGGAGGAUUAGAGCCUUUGCAUUGUCUAGUGAUAACACCAAGGUUGCCUAUGGAUCAGAUGGAGGAGCUGUCAAGGUAGCAAAUGUAGAAAGCCUGGCAGUAGAACGGUCCCUUGAUGCCCACUCCAAGGAAGUCCGUCAAUGUCUCUUUACCAGUGACGGUUAUACCCUGAUUACAUGCUCCAAUGAUAGUCUUAUUAAAAUUUGGCCCGAAGGUCGCGAGGUCAUCGUCUGCAACGGUCAUACACAAGCUGUCACACAAUGUCAAUUACUUGAGAAGGAUACAAGAAUACUCUCAUCAUCACAUGAUGCUACUUUAAAGAUUUGGGAGUUGAGUAGCGGUAACUGCUUAGCAACCAUUGAGGCUCAUUCUGAUUGGAUAUUCAUGUGUUCUAUAUCACCUGAUCACUCAUUGGUUGCUUCGGUGUCUGUCGAUAGAACAGCCAAGGUAUGGGAUCUUCAGUCCCACAAACUCAAAAAGGUGCUGGAUAAUCACAAUGACACUGUGCGAACGUGCCGAUUCUCUCCUGACUGUACUCUGCUAGCUACCGGUGAUGACAGUGGAAUUAUAAGGAUAUGGAACAUAUCAAAUGGCAAUGAGGUUGGUGAAUGCCACAAGCACAAAUCCUGGGUGACGGAUAUCAAGUUCUCUCCUGAUGCUUCUAUUGUUAUGACUGCAGGGGAAAAUGUCAGGUGGUGGCAGCUAGAUGGUACCCCUCUGCAGACAUUCCAUGUGCGAGGGACUUUCACCAGACAGGUUCAAGCUAGUCCAUCCUUCCAGACGUUCGUCACCAUCGACAGUGCAGGCAUCCUUUAUCUAAUGUGCAGGGUCAAGCCGAACAGUAAAGAGAACGGGGACGCAAUGAAAGUGGUAUACGUUUAGAGAAAGAACUUUCUCUUCAUUUAGGUGUGUUCUCGGCAUCAGGUGACCUUCAACAGUGCAGAUAUCCUCUAUCUUAUGUGUAGGGUCAAGCCGAACAGUCAAGAGAACGGGGACGCAACGAAAGUGGUAUACAUUUAGAGAAAGGUAUUUUCUCUUCACUUAGGAGUGUUCUCAUCUUCAGAUGACCUUAGACAGUUCAAAUAUCCUCUAUCUUGUGUGUAGGGUCAAGCUGAACAGUAAAAAGAACGGGGACGCAACGAAAGUGGUAUACGUUUAGAGAAAGGUAGUUUCUCUUCGUUUAGGAGUGUUCUCGUCAUCAGAUGACCUUCAACAGUGCAGGCAUUCUCUAUCUUAGGUGUAGGGUCAAGCCGAACAGUCAAGAGAACGGGGACGCAACGAAAGUGGUAUACAUUUAGAGAAAGGUAUUUUCUCUUCACUUAGGAGUGUUCUCAUCUUCAGAUGACCUUAGACAGUUCAAAUAUCCUCUAUCUUGUGUGUAGGGUCAAGCUGAACAGUAAAAAGAACGGGGACGCAACGAAAGUGGUAUACGUUUAGAGAAAGGUAGUUUCUCUUCGUUUAGGAGUGUUCUCGUCAUCAGAUGACCUUCAACAGUGCAGAUAUCCUCUAUCUAAUGUGCAGUGUCAAACCGAACAGUCAAGUGAACGGGGACGCAACGAAAGUGGUAUACAUUUAGAGAAAGGUAGUUUCUCUUCAUUUAGGAGUGUUCUCAUCUUCAGAUGACCUUAGACAGUUCAAAUAUCCUCUAUCUUGUGUGUAGGGUCAAGCUGAACAGUAAAAAGAACGGGGACGCAACGAAAGUGGUAUACGUUUAGAGAAAGGUAGUUUCUCUUCGUUUAGGAGUGUUCUCGUCUUCUGAUGGCCUUAGACAGUUCAAAGAUCCUCUAUCUUGUGUGUAGGGUCAAGCUGAACAGUCAAGAGAACGGGGACGCAACGAAAGUGGUAUACAUUUAGAGAAAGGUAGUUUCUCUUCAUUUAGGAGUGUUCUCGUCUUCUGAUGGCCUUAGACAGUUCAAAGAUUCUCUAUCUUGUGUGUAGGGUCAAGCUGAACAGUCAAGAGAACGGGGACGCAACGAAAGUGGUAUACGUUUAGAGAAAGGUAGUUUCUCUUCGUUUAGGAGUGUUCUCGUCAUCAGGUGACCUUCAACAGUGCAGAUAUCCUCUAUCUAAUGUGCAGUGUCAAACCGAACAGUCAAGAGAAAACGUUGCCGCAACAAAAGUGGUAUAAGUUCAGAAGAAGAUAAUUACUUUUCAUUUCGGAGUGUUCUCGUUAUUAGUAUCAUCGACAGUGCACGCAUCCUCUAUCUCAUGUGCAGGGUCAAGCCGAACAGUAGAGAGAACGGGGACUCAACGAAAGUGGUAUAUGUUUAGAGAAAGUAGUUUCUCAUCAUUUAGGAGUGUUCUUGUCAUCAGGUGACCUUAGACAGUGCAGACAUUCUCUAUCUUGUGUGUAGGGUCAAACCGAACAGUAGAGAGAAUGGGGAUGCAAUGAAAGUGGUAUAAGUUCAGAGGAAGGUAAUUACUUUUCACAUCGGAGUGUUCUGAUUAUUAGUUUCAUCCCAUGCGCAGGGUGAGUCCGAACAGUAAAGAGAAUGGGCACCAGAUGCCGCUGGGGCUCGAAUCAUGCGAAUAGAAGAUCUCAAAUACAUUUUUUCUUAAUUUUGCCAAUAUUCUUGAUAUGCGGAAAUACUUCAGGGUGAGGGUCAUGACCGUCCCAAAUACUUCAGGGUUUAAAGGGUUAAGCGCAAGAUUAUGUUUGUUAAAUCAUGUGUGAUUUUACAUUCGGCUUGAUGCAAUACCCCCUUGGUGUCGUUAUAUGACACCCUCGUUUAGGAACAAAUGGGGCGUUGCAAGAAACUUAUGAUCAAUUGCAAGUUAAUGAUCGGUCCCUAAAUCAAUCGUAUGUCUUGCAAUUAAUUGCAAAAUUUGCGAUUGAUUGCUAAUCUGCUCCUUGAAACAAAGAGUGUUAUGUGAUUUUCUGCAAUUAAAAGUGAUCAAUUAUUUGUAAAAUUGCAACACCCCGUAAGUCAGCUUGUACCCUUAGGUAUAACCUAAUCCUCAGCAUGUUUCUUUCGACGUGUUUCUACAGAGAAUGGUUAAACGGUAUUACCCGCGUAAGUAUCCAGAAUUCCGGAAAACUUCCCUGUAGAAACAGACGCAAAUUCUCACAAGCGCCUCUGGGAGGUGGUUAUUGUCGUAUUAAUCCGUUUAUUUGCGACGCGGAAUGUGAGUUAACCGGAUUAUUCACUCUGUAGAGAUAGGUUGGUAUAGGCGCGAUACGGUUUUCUGACUCCGGAAAAGAUAAACGAUUUUAACGAUUCUCUGUAGAAACAUGCCGAAUGUCAUUUAGGCUGGUCAGCAUGUGAUGUAUUGAAAAGUUGGAACAUGUAUUUAGGCUGUUGAAAAUUGAAAGAGGCCUUUUAGUAGGUUCCAUGACAUUUGCCCUUGCGACAAUUUCCACGCUAUAUAUUCCACACAGUAAUCAAAUGACCAACUUUAACCCUAGAUUAGCACUAUACCCUAACCUAAACCUAGCAUAAAACCUAUGCAACCCUAACCCUAAGCCUACAUCUUAGAUGAAAUAAAGCCCGGAGCAAAUGUUGUGUCACCGUUUAGUUAUGAACAUAUACUGUACUUACAAGAACUCUGCACAGACUGGAAAUGAAAAUGUAUAGUACACUAAAUUCUGCUUAAUAGUACUACAAUUGCAAUAUUUUAUGUCUCGUUUGAGUAUUCAUCAAUUUAAUUGAUCAGUGAUAUAUAUCUUAUGUUCUCUUAUGCAUCCGACCACCACUGAUGGUGCCGAAAGCAUUAUUUAUUUAUAUUUUCCAAUAUGUGCUUCCGUUUAUUUACAGGAUAUUUUUGUUCUGAUAAUACUUAUCUACAAAUGAUUUAUUCCUUUUAAGGUCACGGCACACCGCAUGACUUGUCUGUGAUUAGAAUUUUGUAACAAUCCAUAAUUUGCAUAUUUCUGAUUAUAUAGAUCAGUGGGAUUUUGUUGUUUGACAGUCAGAAUUGGAAGACAUUAUAUUGGAGUGAAUGCCCAAAUGUCUUCAAAUAAUAACCUAUUUUAUGACCAGUAUGGCAUCACUUAGAUAGAUAUGAAAGUCACUUUCAUACUCAAAGAGGUUAACUGACACUAGAAGGUGUCAGGUAUACAGUAUUGUUAUGACGAUUUAAAACUUUCAACAGGUGGGAUAUCGUAUUACAGUGUUUCAAUAUGAAAUUGUAAUCUGGGUCACAGAAAAGUUUUAAGAUUUGCAUUGGCCUUUAGCCAUCUGUUAACUUAUUUUGUUUUUCUUGCUUAACCCUUUGAACCUGAAAAACGGAAUACCGGCUUCACCGUGAACGUGCGUAUACCCGAAAAGUAGCAAAAAGCCGGAAUAUCGGCUUCAAGUCAUAUGAUUAGAAAAGCAAUGGUUUUAGAUAUUAGGAGACCUUUCAAAAUAAUGUUAUUUUAGAGAUAUUCAGUCGAUAACUUCAGUUUAUAAUUUCAUAGACGAUUGGCUUUCAUUUAUAAGGUUUUAGCAUAGAAAAUGACCAAAAUAUACUACCCUACCAAGGAGGCUUGUGCGAUAAUACAUGGAGAGGCAUAUACGGAAUAUGCGUAAGCUAUGUUGAAUUUUACUUCUGUCAAAGCAGUGAUUUUGAGACAAAAUUUGAGAUUAUCGUUAGUACAGCAAGCUAAACAACAUCAGCUGGGCCAGGCAGGGUACCAGCGGAGUGAGGUGCCGCUGACAUGGCUGGGCUCGAAUCAUGAGAAUAGAUUAUUUGUUUCAAAUGUCAUAUGUUCUUACAUUUUGCCAAUAAUGCCCAAAUAAUUCAGGGUGAGGGUCACGACUGUCCCAAUUAACUGAGGGUUCAAAGGGUUACAAAGAAAUAUCUACUAAAGGGAUGGAUUUCCUUCCUAAAUUGAUAUGUAUUUUCCCCUGUAAGCCAUAAUCUAACAAGAUUUUAGUUUUCAGGAGUGACCUGUAAUGACGUAUAUGUCAUUGAAAUAUAUUUAGUUUUUAAGUUUUUUAUAUAAUUAAGUAUAAGGUAUUAAACCUGUGAAUUGUUCAUGAAGAAAUGAAGUAUGAUUACUUAAUGCUAUUCUUUCCAGAUAGGUAGGACCUUUUUUAAAGGCUUGCAUACUUAUAAUUUAUAAUUUUCUUUCAUUUUUUUUGGUAUUUUGUAACAAGAUAAUGAUGAAACAGUAUUGAUAUGAUGAUUUAGAAAUUUGAACAGUUGGAUGCCAUGUUUCAGUGUUUCAUUGUAUGAUGGUAAUUUCUAAAUAUGAAAUAUUCAUGGUUUUCUGGAUUUUUCUUAUUUUAUAUAAAUCCUGUUGUCAGUACAGUUAUCUCUUGAAAUAUAAAAUUUAUUCCACAUUUUUGUAAGAUGCAAUACAUAAAUUAUGAAAUUGAGAUAUUUAACCUUCGUAUCAUUUUAUUUACAUAUUUAUUUUAUAUCUGUUCAAGUGACUAUGGAAAAAUUUUGAACAAUGUUUUGUUAUUUUUUUUAAUGAAUAAGAAAUAUUGAUUAUAUAUUUCAUUUUUAGUUAUUCAAUCAUCGUGAGGGAACUGAAUUCUAUUCUAAGUUAAACAGCAGCAACACAAAAUAUUGACAGACCUUAUGGCCCGAUUUCACAAAGGUGGUUUUGAAAACCAACAGUUGAAUCAAUGGAUUAUGCAGAUUUCCUGUAUAAAUUAAGCUUAAUUUAGCACGUAUAUAAAAAAUGUCCAAUGCUGAUGUGCGCUUUUGUCACAGUGCGCCAAAUUGACGCCUGUUACCAUGGUUAGAUAAGCUAUUUUAUUCAUUGGUCCACUGUUUGAAGAGAGGACUCAUUAAUUCAAAACAGUGGACUCAUGGAUAAAAUACAUGUAGCGUACUUAUCCAUGGCAACAGGCAUCAAUUUGGCGCACUGCGGUAAAAGCGAGCAUCAGCAUUGGACAUUUUUUAAUAUACGCAGUAAAAUAAGCUUAAUUUAUACAGGAAAUGUGCACAAACCAUGGGUUCAACUGAGGGUUUUAAAUAUCACCUUUUUGAAUUUGGGCCAAAGAGUUAUAAUAUGAUUAAAAAUAGAUUUAUAUGGAGAAUGAUAGAACAUUGAAAUAGAACAUAUUCUGUUCGACAUCAUAAUGUGGUAGGAAUGGACAAAAGCUUUGGCUUAAUAUUGCCAACGAAAAUCUACAUAAAAUGUUUCUUAAAUAUAUUCCAAAUAAAAGGUUU